AUGCUCGAAUGUCUGCAAAUCGUCUUGAACAAAAACCAAAGCCGCCGCUAUGCCGCCGGCGAUAGGGUCGCCGGACAUAUCUUGGUCGACACCGGCACAUGCAUCGAGAGCGACACGAGCAUCGCCAUCUCCUUCACUGGGCUUGCCUGUACACAGUACCAAGCGCCCGGGGGGAGCAAUCAUCAGAUCAACACUACAACCCUUUUCCAACGAAGCAAGAUACUGUACACGUUCCCGUUCCGAGCUGAUCCCGGCCAGUACAAGUGGCAUUUCGAGUUUUGCUUUCCAUCGCACUGCGACCGCCAAAUACAAAAAAACGACAACGGCUUGCCGGAGAACGAAGUGUUUCCCCAAGGUUAUGCCUGUGACCCCCUGCCACCAAGUCUGGCCGAAUCCGCUGGGUAUAAAACGGGUUACAAGGCGGACGUGGACUACGAGCUCGAGGCAAGCGUCCAGUAUCCAGACUGGGCCACCACAAACAGCUCUCGGGUGACAGCAAACCUCUCCCUGGUGUACGUUCCAUCGCACGACGGCCCAGAGCCAUACUACCGGUACUGGCUGCAAGAGCAGAAAUUCCUCGGGUCUAAUAAUUCCUCCUCGAUCCCGGGCGAUGGGUCGGCCUUCCAAGCCAGGGUGACAUUCCCUACUGUCUACGUCCACGGCCAGUGGCUUCUCGUUUACUUGAGCAUCGUUCACGACGCUCGGCAGAGACACCAAGCGCAGGUCUACCUGACCAGCAUGUUUGUUACUGUUAUCGCCAAAACCGAGAUCUGGGUCGACGGACAGAGGCGUGAGUUCCGCACCGAGACCGACGCACUACGAGCUCCGAACCUGAGGCUUCCAGUUUCGAAAUCCGACCUCACGCACAGGCUCAUUCAAGACCCGUGGGGGACCGCCGUGAGGGGCGAUGGGUUGCCGCCGCAAGAGGGAGUGCCCAUCUUUGGCCGCAACGCUGGUGGCUUAAAGGUCCCCUCGCAAGUGUGUCCCGACGUGCGCAUACCGAAUAUCACCGUAACCCACAAGCUCCGCAUCAGGGCGACUUUAUCUUUCGGCGACAAGCGGUUCAAGUUCGAAAAGACGGGCGAUUUGGAAAUUCUCGCCCCCAUGGACCGGAAGGAAAACGGUCCUCCUGCUAUCGCCCCUCCCCCGAGCCCGGAUAUAACGCCGUCGUUUGCGAUGCAAGAGACCGAGGUCAAGAUGAGUCACCGAAAGUACGAAGCGCCUAGGCACGGCUCCCUCGCCUACUUGCCGCGCAAGCGUGCCGCCCGUCACCGUGGAAAGGUCAAGAGCUUCCCCAAGGAUGACCCCAAGAAGCCCGUCCACCUGACGGCCACCAUGGGCUACAAGGCCGGUAUGACCACCAUCGUCCGUGACCUCGACCGUCCUGGUGCCAAGAUGCACAAGAAGGAAGUUGUCGAGGCCGUCAGUGUCAUCGAAUCCCCUCCUCUUGUUGCCGUUGGUAUCGUUGGUUACAUUGAGACUCCUCGCGGUCUCCGAUCCCUCACCACUGUCUGGGCUGAGCAUCUGAGCGACGAGCUGAAGCGCCGCUUCUACAAGAACUGGUACAAGAGCAAGAAGAAGGCCUUCACCCGCUACUCCAAGAAGAGCACCGAGGCCGGCGGAGCCUCAGUCACCCGCGAGCUCGAGCGCAUCAAGAAGUACUGCACUGUCGUCCGUGUGCUCGCCCACACUCAGAUCCGCAAGACGCCUCUCAAGCAGAAGAAGGCCCACUUGAUGGAAAUCCAGGUCAACGGUGGUGCCGUUGCCGACAAGGUCGAGUUCGCCCACGGCCUCUUCGAGAAGACCUUUGGCGUCGACAGCAUCUUCGAGCAGAACGAGGUCAUCGAUGUCAUCGGUGUCACCCGCGGUCACGGUUUCAACGGUGUCACCUCCCGUUGGGGCACCAAGAAGCUUCCUCGCAAGACGCACAAGGGUCUCCGCAAGGUCGCUUGUAUCGGUGCCUGGCACCCUAACCACGUGCAAUGGACUGUUGCGCGUGCCGGUCAGAUGGGUUACCACCACCGUACGUCGGUCAACCACAAGAUCUACCGCAUUGGCAAGGGCGACGACGAGGGCAACGCCUCGACCGAGUUUGACGUUUCCAAGAAGACCAUCACUCCUCUCGGUGGUUUCGUCCGCUACGGCGAGGUCAAGAACGAUUUUGUCAUCGUCAAGGGCUCCGUUCCUGGUACCAAGAAGCGUGUGCUGACCCUCCGCAAGACCUUGUACCCCCAGGUCAGCCGAAAGGCGCUCGAGAAGAUCGACCUCAAGUGGAUCGACACGUCCUCCAAGUUCGGCCACGGUGCCUACCAGACACCCGCCGAGAAGCGUGCGUUCUUGGGUACGCUCAAGAAGGACCUGGUCACCACUGUUUAA